AUGUACCGAGGUCACGGGAGAGGCAGUGCGUCGUUCGCGGGGGCUUCUGCUUCCAACGCGGCUUCCCUGGAAAGCUCCGGGACUUCCAUCACACAAGAGCAGAAGCUGAGCGGCGCCGACCGGUUCGUCCCGAGCCUCAACGCCAUCGCCGCUAACCGAGACCUCCAGUGGCUGGUCCAGCCCGCCUUGGUGCAGCAGCAGGGCGCGUCUCGCUCCCCGGCGCCGCCGUACCCCUCUCUCUCCGGGACGCGUCCUGGGGCUCCGCCCCCUCACGACGUCAGAAUGGGGGUCAUCAGAGCGGGCACCGCCCCGACGCGGCGCAGGAACGAGGAGCACUUGUCCUUGGAGGAGCUGGAGAGACGGCGAAUAAGGAGAGAGCGCAAUAAACUGGCGGCGGCCAAAUGUCGCAAUCGUCGGCGGGAGCUGACGGACACGCUGCAAAACGAGACGGAGCAGCUGGAGGACGAAAAGAGCCGCUUACAAAACGAGAUCGCCGAGUUGCAAAAGCAGAAAGAGAAGCUGGAGCUGGUCUUGGAGGCGCACCGUCCCAUCUGCAAAAUCCAAGACUCCUCCGACUCCGAUGGCGACGCGGGCGCCGGGCUCUCGUCCUCGGCGCUCGUCAAGACUGAGCCCGAGGAGUACGCCGCUCCCGGGCCGGCCCCCGCCAAAACCCAAAAGGUUAAACCCAAGAUCAGCCUCCCCGCCAAGAGCGCGUCGUCGUCGUCGGGCCAGGAGUCCGAGUCCUUGCACACCCCCGUCCUAGCGUCCACUCCGUCCCUCACCCCCUUGGCGGCCAGCAUGAUUUUCACCUACCCCUCGGCUCCCGCCGACGUCCCCCAGCAGGCCCCGCAACCUUGCGGGGCGGCGCACCGGCGCAGCAGCAGCAGCGGCGACCAAUCCGAUCACUCCUUGCACUCGCCCACCAUCCUCACGCUUUGA